UUAGUGACGGAGUUAUGUUCCUGUGACGGUGGACACACCCUUGCUUGUGUUGGAACGAGCACUGUGAGGACAAGGGAGUCUGUUUCCACCUCUGAAGAGGAACUCAACACUGCUGUCGAACACAACCCGGGCGUUUCACUCCAAAAGUCAAGAUGCCAGAAACAGCAGAAGCCGUGUCAGCGACUCUCACCACCAACAGAAACUGCACCAUAGAAAUAACCAAUGUCAGCGGCAGCUACUGUCUCAUCAACCCCAAGGUGUACAUGGCGAGCGGCUUCUGCCAGCACCCGCCCCAGCCGACCGUUCGCACCGCCAAGACCGAAGUGUGCUCGUUCACCAAGGACGACAACACCGCCACGGGCGCCGUCGGCCUGCUGACCUAUGACCUGUUCCAUAUGCAGAGCCGGGUUUGCUCCGAGCGCAUGGCCAUCUUGUUCUCCGUGCCCUUUGACCACAACUUGUACAAGAACCGGCUGGCCGUGGGCGUGGUUGAGCAUUCCCGCGAAUGCGACAAACAAUUGUACGACCAGAUGUAUGACGGCAAGGACCUCAGCAACUUGUCCCGCUCUGAUGCAAACGGCUGCGGGCUGGAGUACAAAGCCAAGUACGUUGAUUUGAAGGCGACCAUGUCGUCUGUCGGCAAAGCCAUUGUUAAACUGGAGCUCUAUGAUAAAAUGGGUCAUUAGUGCUGAAGGAAUAACUGGUUUUCUGCUUUUUAGAUGCCUUUGUACAGCAGAAUGAAUAAACGUCAUUAAAUGUUAAAAUGUAUUGUGAUCCAGAAAUAAAAACAUCCAGAAGAGAGGAAGAAUGAUUUUGCUGUCGUCUGUAUUUCUUUGUCCGCAGAACGAUAUCAAUAUCUGACAGCCAAUGCAUUGAUUCUCCAUUAGCUCAUUGUUUGGGCUCAUGUACAUUAUACACUCUCUUCUCUCUGAUUAUGAUAAUAAAACACUCAAACCCAA